GACGCAUCGGUCUCGGCUGCUGUGCGGCGGCCUCUGCGAGUAUCCCGCUCUCCGUCAUCCGACGCCUUCCCCCGGACUCCUCCAAGCUGCUCGUGCCCGCCGCUCGUUAGCCAAUAUUCAUCUCAGUCGCGCUCAUUCAUAUGGCUGUUGCAAGCUUCCCGCUGAUUGAGCUGCCUCAGGAGAUCAUUGUCGAUGUGUUUGCAGUGCUGGAACUCGGGGGGUCGAAGGAUGACCUGCGGAACCUCGCGUAUACAUGCAAGCGUCUGUAUUCUAUCGGCCAGCAAUUCCUCGUCUCAGAUAUCACGGUGACAUGGCAGCUCCUCGACGCCUUCCGCGCAAAGCUCGACACCUCUCUGGCUCCCGUCCGUUCCUACAUAACCUCAUUCACCAUCAACAUCCCCUCCAGCUGGGGCGAAUGGCACCGCUUCGAGACACUACAGGACGUGUUUGAGCUAUGCACAAACAUCAACUCACUCACGCUCACUCUCUCCGGGUCCUCGAAAUGGAUGCAAUACAUGCGUCCCAACACCCACAUCCGAUCUCUGAAACUAGUCUCCUCCCAGGCAUCAGGUCUACCCGCCCUGUUCGACACCGCGGACUUGCACGCGUUCAAGAGCGUGGAGGAGUUGCAUCUUGAGUAUUUCAGGCUGCAGUGCGAGUACCCGAUCGAAGAGCGCGCGACGCCGUUGCUCACAACCGUGCGCAAUCUCGAGAUUGUAAACUGUGAAUGGAAUUACCCGUUCAGCAUGUCGCUGUUCAAGAGAUUAGAUUCUCUGGCGGUGUAUUACUCGAUAAAAUGCGAGGCAUUCACAUUUUCCGAACGACUAAAGAAUCUAGCAGCAAACCCACCACCGACUAUCAAACGCUUUAUAAUGCAUCUAAACCUCUUCUCCCCCGUCCGUCAAAAAACAUGGUACCCGGUUCUAAAAGACUGCAAAAAGCUCGAAUCGAUCUCAAUGAAAGGCUUCCGCUACCCAGACUACGAGUUCUUCGCCCUCCUCCCGCCGUCGCUCAAAGAAGUCGAGCUGCACAUGACGUCGAAGAACUUGGUUGCGCUCACGCACUCGAAUAGUCUGGAUACGGGGAUGGGCGGCAUGCUCGCGAUGAACUCGCAGAUCGUGCCGGUGGAUGCUCGCGCGGAGGAAAAUGAUGGGAUCCAGGGACGCGUGUUGAAUAAGUAUGGCGAUACGAACGUGCGCGUUGUGGCUCAUGAAUGGGCGGAGAGUAUGGAGCAGAGGAUAGCUCGUUAGCUGCAGGGAGGCUUUUAAUUUACUCUCUUUUUAUUUCUAUAUUAUUCAUUUUGCAAAGGGUCGGAGUAUAUGGGUUCG